UCUCUAAAUUUUGUAUGUAGUACACUUUCAAGUUCGUGACAGCGGGAGUCUCACUCUUGUCUCCUCAACUCAUCACAAGUUGUUGGCCAUACUCGUAGUGAUGUCGGACGCGAAUCUUGCAGUGACAUAUUCUCUAAUCUAUGCGUUUCUGAAACAGCAGUCCCAGACAAAAGCAGCUGAUGCUGUAAAGAAAGCUGCAAGGAACAUAAUUGUCCUAAAGGAUGAUUUGCAGCUCAAGGGUUCAUCCUUGGAUGAGAUAGUUAAGCAAUGGAAGGAGUCGCAUACUAACGACAGUUCUUCUGACUCUAACUGUGUGUAUUUAUGUCGCUAGUCGUACGAGCUCUAUUGCUAAGUGUGAUAUAGCUUCAGAUGAUUCCUCUGAUGGUGCGUUAUCCCAAUCAUGCACAAACGGGCCCCGAUAUGUAAUUCUGGACAGAUUCCUCGACAAGUUCUA